GGAUCCCAUAAAAUCGUUUUCAAUCAUUGUCUGAGUUGCGGAAUCCGCUGAGAACUCGAGUAUACGAAUUUAAUUCAUAUUCAAUACUUGGUGUCUAGUUUGCCUGCCUCUUUCUAGCAAGUCGCUAUCUUAAGUCACCACUUGAUCAGCGUGUUUCAGCCGCGGAUACCAAACUUUACAGCUUCCUCAACUCAUCUUCCAUCCCCUUUGUUUCCAUUAUUCAUAUUCAAAGUCAAAAUCCCUUUCUUAGCUGUAAUUCCUAUCCCGACGAUCAUGGCGAACUCGACCACAGUUCCGCAAGCCUUCAAACCAAGCGAGCCCCUUCAAAUAGCCAUAAUCGGAGCCGGCCUCACGGGUCUCACCCUCGCUCUUUCAAUUUCCGCCCUCCAACUGCACCAGCGCUCUCACAUCCACUACACCAUCUACGAAUCACACCAGCAGUAUUCCGAAAUCGGCGCCGGGAUUGGAUUUGGCGCGAGCGGCCAUCGAAUCAUGAAACUUCUCCACCCCGCAUUCUGGGAAAAUUACAAAGCGAUUGCGAAUUGGGGCGACGAUGACGUAUGGUGGGAUUUUGUCGUCGGCGACAGAGUCGGGGACUCCCAGGGAAGAUAUGCAGAAAGAUGGGAAGGAAAACGCAUUGCACAGGUGCGAAUGAAAGAGGGAAGAGAGGGUCAAAGUACCGCGCAUCGCAGAUCUUUGAUGGAUAUUCUAAUCAAACUCCUUCCUUCUUCGUGCGAUGUUCGAUUUGGAAAACGUUUGGUGGGGAUUGUGUCGUCUGUUUCGGAUUUGUGUUGUGGAUCCCAUCAUCCGCAUGCUAAUGUCACACUUCAAUUCCAAGACGGGACGACAUCAAUUGCUGAUUUGGUUAUCGGCGCCGAUGGCGUCAAGUCUCUCUGUCGGGAUAUAGUACUCGCACCGAGUUUCAAUGCAGAAGCGUUCAAAGCGCGUUUUACGGGGAAAAUAGCAUAUAGAGGAUUGAUACCGAUGGAAGAGGCGAAAGCGAGGAUAGGAGAAAAAGCGGGUCAGAGGAUAUUUUAUUUGGGACAUGGGGGACAUGUGGUUUCGUUCCCGGUGGAGGGAGGGAAGAGUAUGAAUAUUGUUGCGUUUGCGAAUCGGGAGGAGGGGAGUUGGGAGGGGAGUUGGGUGAAGGAGAAUGUGGGGGAGGAGCUGGAGAGAGAUUAUUUAGAUGGGAGGUGGGGGGGAGAUGUCGAGGGGAUUAUGGGGCUCAUCAAAUCGCCCUCCUACUGGGCAACAUUCUACCACCCCCCUGCACCGACCUUUCACCAUCCAACUCUACCUAUCCUUCUUAUCGGCGACUCUGCCCACACCACUGCUCCUCAUUUUGGACAGGGUGCUGGUCUUGGUAUCGAAGACGUAUACAUCCUCACAAAACUUCUCUCGCAACUCCCCACCACCUCUCACUCUUCCGUCGCCAGCUCAAAUCUCCGCGCUCUCUUCACAGCAUACACACAAAUUCGACAACCGCGCGCUACAACCGCCGUAUCCUCUGCAAACUAUUAUGGUCGUAUGCUUGAUAUGGAAGAUCCGGUUAUAUCCGAUAAUCUUUCGCUCAUAGAGGAGAAAGUAAGGGGAAUAGCUGAGACGAUUUGGGGAUAUGAUGAGAUUAGAGAGGGGGAAAGGGCAGUAGAGAUUAUGAGAGGAGUUUUGGCAACAGCGGGUGUUGGGGAGAUUGGGGAGGCGAGCGUCGCUAAGGAGAUGACCUGAAAUUUUUAGAGAAAUAUUGAUGAUAAUUGAUAUUGAACGAUGAUUACGAAUAAAAUUCUCUAAUUUCAAUGCACUUGCACUUGACUAAUGAAAUUUUCUACAAUCAAAAUUGAUAAUUCA